AUGGAAACCCCCAGCAAGGCUCCCAUUGGCACCAGCCCAACGGUCAGCCCGCCAGGACCCGGCCCGUGGUCAAACUUAGUCGGGCUAACUCGGGUCGGGCCUAGAUUCACAUUAGCCUGGCCCGCGCCGGCGGCCCAACUACCAUCUACUCGCCACUCCACAAACCUCACCAGACCACACCCCAGUCAUGGAACUAGUACAUACAGGAAUCUCUACAAGAUCAGUUCACUUUACUCGGAAUCAACACCGGCGAUGACUUCUUUGGGCAUGAAGAGAACGGAAGCUCGUCCCGAUGAACAAAUGUAUCAGUUCAUCAACAACAAAUCCAACACCCCCUCAAGCCAGCCGUCAUACGCACCGAACUCUACGAGGACCGGCGCUACAUCCGGCCUCGUGAAUUCCUCCAGCUGCCCUCACGACCGCUUCCCUAUGUUACAAGGCGAAUUGAAGAAUUUAAUGUACAAGGACCUUCCACUUUUGCUGGAACGUUUCAUCCAGCAUCAUCACCCCGAUUCCGUCUCGCUCCUGCCAGAUUACAUACAUCGAACUUGA